AUGGCCGCUCAUUCAACGCUUCGUCGUCGAGAAGAUCCUCUCGUGGCGCUGUACAACAAAUACACCAGUCUCACCACCCAAAUCAUCGCCACUAUUGCACUGAUCCUAUCUAUCUUGGGUUCCGGCUAUGGAGGCUACAAAUGGUUUAGCGAAAGGGCCAAAGAACGUGCGCGAGGAAGACAGCUGCUGCGCAAGGAUGGCACUCGCUCCAUGACCUCCAAGGUUACGACUUUCGAUGCGCAUCGGCGCUUGUUCUUGAAUCCACCUGCUGCCGCCCUGAAUCAAAUACCGCCGCCAACCACAAAGCCUGGGAUCAACCUUGCAUUCCUUCAUCAAUUUCUCAGUCUAGGGAGUAUCAUGGUCCCGAGAUGGGGUAGCAAAGAAACCGGAUUAUUGAUGGGCCAUGGGGUUUUCUUGCUCUUGCGGACGUACCUGUCGCUGUUGAUCGCACGACUCGAUGGCGAGAUUGUAAGGGACCUUGUCGCUGGUAAGGGGCGUGCUUUCGCUUGGGGCAUUCUCAAAUGGUGCGGGAUUGGCACGCUGGCUUCCUACACCAAUGCCAUGAUCAAGUUCCUUCAAUCGAAGGUGUCUAUUGCGUUCCGGACCCGAUUAACGAGGUAUAUUCACGAUCUCUAUCUUACUGGCGACAACAACUACUACAAGUUGAUGAAUUUGGAUGGCGGUGUUGGCCAAGGACCAGACCAAUUCAUUACCCAGGACCUUACUCUCUUCUGCUCUGCAGCAGCAGCGUUAUACUCGUCCAUGGGAAAGCCUACGGUGGACCUAUUUGUGUUUAAUUAUCAACUGUAUCGUUCUCUCGGGCCGUUGGCCCUUACCGGUAUCCUCACGGGCUACUUCAGUACCGCAGCAGUUCUGAGGAAGCUUUCACCACCGUUUGGAAAGCUGAAGGCUGUGGAGGGAAAGAAAGAGGGUGACUUCCGGGGUCUACAUUCACGGUUGCUCGCCAAUGCUGAGGAAAUCUCUUUCUAUGGCGGCGCGGACAUCGAACGUGUUUUCCUAAUGAGAAGCUUCAAAGACCUUCAGCGCUGGAUGGAAGGUAUCUAUAGCCUCAAGAUCCGCUACAACAUGCUCGAAGACGUCAUUCUAAAAUAUGCUUGGUCUGCGUUUGGCUACCUCAUCACAUCUCUGCCGAUAUUUCUUCCAGCCUGGGGCGGCAUGGGUGGUGCCCUAGAGCUUGUCGACGUGCCGAAGGAGACUGGUCGAGAACGCGAUCGCAUGAAGGAAUUCAUCACGAACAAACGUUUGAUGCUGUCUCUGGCGGAUGCAGGUGGCCGAAUGAUGUAUAGUAUCAAGGACAUCUCGGAAUUGGCUGGGUACACGUCUCGAGUCUACAGCUUGAUAUCCACCCUUCACCGAGUGCAUGCGAGUGCAUACUACCCCCCACGCAAUUCUCACGCAGAGUUAUACUCUCUCGCGGAUGUACAAGGGACUAUUCAUAACGGCUUUGAUGGUGUUCGUCUCGAACAAGUUCCCAUCGUCGCGCCUUCAAUCUACCCCCGGGGUGGCGAUGAUCUGAUCGAGUCACUGUCAUUCGUCGUGCACUCCGGUGACCAUCUCCUGAUAUCUGGACCGAAUGGCGUCGGCAAGACUGCUAUUGCCCGAGUUGUAUCAGGGCUGUGGCCAGUGUAUCGCGGAUUGGUCAGCCGCCCCAGAGGGUUUGGACUUGACGGCAUCAUGUUCCUUCCCCAGCGGCCCUAUCUGAGCGUGGGUACUCUCCGCGAUCAAGUCAUUUACCCGCACACCGCAAUCGACAUGCACGAGGCAGGUAUAACCGAUGCUGCACUGCAGAAGAUUCUGGACGACGCUCACCUAGGCUACCUCCCUGGGCGCGAGGGCGGAUGGGAUACUCGCAAGGAGUGGAAGGACGUCCUGAGUGGAGGAGAGAAGCAACGCAUGGCGUUGGCACGAAUUUACUAUCACGAGCCUCGCUAUGCCUUCCUUGAUGAAGGAACCUCAGCGGUCUCGUCUGAUGUCGAGGGCCUGCUGUACCAGCGGGCAAAGGAGCGGGGGAUCACCGUGAUUACAAUCUCCACACGCGCAUCGCUGAAGAAGUACCACACAUACAACCUUAGCAUUAGUAUUGGCGAAGAGGGCGAGCAAUGGGAGUUUGAGAGGAUCGGCACCGCCAAGGAGAAGCUGGGAGUUGAGAAGGAGUUGCAGGAGAUACGGAAGCGGCUUGACAAGGUGGAAGAGUGGAAACAGCGUCGGGAGGAUAUUGAGAACGAGCUGCGCAAGGUCUGGGUGGAAGAAGGAGAGCUUGCUCCACCACCCUAUGAAUCCGAAUCUGAAGCAGUUGAGGUACAGGAUGAUCAGCAGGGAAAACACGCCCCUUCUACUAUAAUGUCAAUCAUUAUGGAAGACUCAUCUUCACCAGACCAGCAAAAAAUGGUCGUAAUACCAAUCAACCGGACAUUCAGCGACGGCACCCAGGACAACUGGCCCAAAGAUGAGAGAUUCCUGAGACCAGACGAUAGUUACUAUCGAGAGAAGCUGGCUUCCAUGUGGCUGCAGAAAACGGGGGCUUAUGAGCGUGGAGUGGAAUACAUCCUGGACAGUCUGCCUGAUGGUUAUGCUUUAUUUGACAGGCCGCGUAUUGCCAACCCCGACAUUAAGGCGGCUCAGAAAGACGAGGUCCUGGAAGGCCUCGGGGGAGACCUCCUGGGACUGGAACGCCGGUUCGAACCCCUGGUAGGCCACCGGGGAGGCCGCCUGGUCGACCUCCCGGAUCAAGCGCAAGCAAACCACCCGGAAGACCACCCGGAAGACCACCCGGAAGACCACCCGGAAGACCACCAGGAAGACCACCAGGAAGACCCCCUGGGGACACCAGACGUAUUUAAGAUGGCCGUUAUGCAGCUCGAGCUGCAGGGCUUACAAGAGAAGGACAUCACAGAGCCUGGAAGCAUGGACUGGCGCGCAGAGCGUUCAUCACUCGACGAAUACAUCCAGAAGCUGGACAUGCAACCGUCCUUUUUGCCCCGUGCUGGAGAAGUCGUGCUCUGGACGCCAGAUUUCGAAGGCGAACUAGCCUGGAACCCUGAACAUAACCAGAUUCAAAUAUAUUUCCCCAGCGAGAAGCGAUGGCUGGGCACCCCAGAAUGGCGAGCCGGUAUCAGCUACUCCCUGCACUACAAAUACGUCUACCUUAAAUCCAUCAAACCAUUCAACGCCUACGAGCACUUCCUCCAAAACAUCCCUCGCGAGAACCUCCACCCCUCCAUCGAAUACGCCAUGACCAUCAUGUCCUCCUUCAGCCUCCUAGACAAACACCACUUCAAAGGCAUCUGGCCCAACGCAUCCAUCUACAGCCGGGGGAUCUUCAUCGGCGCCGAGCUCCUGACCAUCGGCGACGCCGUCCGCCUAAAACCCCAGAACUACAACCCCAACAACACCCCCUCACCAACCGUCACCGACAUAAUGGUGAUCGAAGAGAUCCGCCUAGACCUGAAAAACUGCGACUCAGACCGCAAAUCCAAGCACCUCGCAGAGAAAUACACCAUCCGCAUCCGCGGCAAGAUCUACACCCCCAGCGACCGCCGCAUCUACCUCACCAGCAACACCCUCCACCCCAUCAAACCCCUGAACCCAGACGAAGUCGUCUCCGCCUUCCACUACGUCGGCAUGAGCGGCUACGGCGACUGGUACCGCGUGCACCCCGGCGCCAUGGUCGACGUAUCCCAGGACAUGAUUCUCGGCCGACUCUACGAGCCCGAUGCCCUGCAACUCAUGUUCGGAUCCCUGUCCCUCGGAUACGAUCUGGAUGGUGUGCUCCGCGGACGCGAGUACUCCCGCCAAGCGGACGAGCGCAUCCCAGAGGGGCAGAAAUGGUUCUGGGGCGAUUUCCGCACGCAGACGCUUGCGAUUGACUCGCUAAAUGGCGAGGAUGUGGGACAUUAUAGCGACGCUAGGGAUAUGAAGAUGUGGAGGGCGAAUCUUCGUGUGUUGGAUGGGGUGGCCAAGGCGGCGGAUUUCAGGGAGGCCAAGAUACCGGGCGAUGUGGGACGGCCGUCGACGAAGUCCAGGUCGAAUUUCGCCAAGGUGGGGAAGCUCAGUAAGCUUGUUAGUACGGGGUUGGGGGGCGCGGAUUUGAGUAACCCUGUUAGUGAGGCAGAGGAGGGGACGAGUCGGUUGUCUGUUGGUGAUGAGGAGGAUGAUGAUGAUGAGGAGGAGGAGGAAGAGGAAGAAGAAGAGGAAGAGGAGGAUUUCACGCUCCGUAUGGAUCAGCUGCGCGGCGGGACGGAGGAAACAGAAGAAGGGGACUAUGUGCCUAAUAAGGAGAGGGAACGGAAGCGAGUAAGACACGAUGAUUGA